AUUAGUUGUUAAUCGAAGCACAGCCGAGGUCGCCGAGACGGCCGAGAGGUGUUAGUAUAAUUUAAACAGAGAUUGUCGAUAGUGGAGUAUCGUUUGAUGGCAUCAUGGCAGAAGGAGGUCUCCAUCCGGACUCGCACCUCCUAGAAUGUCCGAUCUGCCUUGAACAGCUUCGCCAGCCUAGGACUCUACCCUGUCACCAUUCGCUUUGUCAGGAAUGCUUGAGUAGUUACAUCAUCAGCGAGGUGUCGGGAAAGAGGAAAACGUCGACUACAUUUACCUGUCCGGUAUGUAGGAAGCUAACUCAACCUGUAGACGCAUCCCUUGAAAAGGAGAAAUGGGCCGAGCAAUUUCCUACCAACAACGCCGCCAUGGAGAUGAUACAGAUGAAAAACAAAUCAACAGAGCCACAUUACUGCACACCCUGUCAGAAAACGAAGGAGAGUAAGGUACCUGCUCGGUUUUGGUGUAAGACUAACCAAUGCUUGUUUUGUGAGUCUUGUAAACUAAAUCUCCAUGACAUCAUACACGAUAACUGUGAUGUUGUAGAUAUAAUGACAUUAUGGUAAUUUUCUUCCGAGAAAGGCAACACUUGACAAAAGAUGCGACAAACACAAGGAGAAGAUGGCUUACUUAUUGUGUGGAUCACAGGUCUCUCGGCUGCAGUAAAUGUGUAACUGUUGGUCACAGGAAAUGCGACGACGUGACAACAACUGAAGAAUACUGCGAGAAAUUAAACACUGACUCCAAACUAGAAGAGAGGACUACAAAUCUACAGGAAGCUGUUGGCGCUUUGGAAUCCUUGAUAAAAGACUUCCAUCUACAGUUACAAUGUAUUGCAGACGACAAAGAUUUGGCAUUAAAAAGCCUCGACGACCUGCAGGAGCGACUAGUUCAGCGUAUUAGAGAAAUGAAGACGGAGAUAACAGAUGACUUGGUUGCUAAGUACAAACAGGAGAGCGAGAACCUAAAGGUACCAAGUCAGAAGUGUGAACGGCUGAAGGCCGCUAUACAGAAUACAAUAGAGUCGUCUACUACAGCCCAGCAGCAGAACGAUCAUAUGGAUACGAUACACCGG